AUGGAAAAGCAGGAAGUGUCACAAGAGAGGAAGCUGAAUGCCUUGCUGGAAAAAGGCCUGGAACAAUCGGCACCCAGCUUCGAGGUCAGAAACAUGUCUUCCUACAAGCUAAGUACUGCGGAAGAGAAAGUUCUAGGUCGAGGCCUUAACUUUAACCAAGGCAAGCAACCGGACACCCGGAAGGUCGUGUGCGCGGUCGAAGGUGCGAUAGGCCUUGUUGAAAAAGAUAUGCAAGACGAAAUCCGCACAAGAGCAAUAGGUAUACUCUCGAGGAUUCGAAAGUCUGGCGCUCAGCAAGCUCUAUCGGAAGACGAGCGAAAAGCGGUCAAGGCCUUACGCCAAAACAAGAGGAUUGCCGUUCUCCCUGCCGACAAGGGUAACGUCACGGUGGUGCUCGACCGUUCGGCAUACCAGUCGAAAAUGGAGAAGAUACUUGAGGAAACCACGACGUACGCCCAGGUUAACAAGGAUCCGACCCCAAAAGUUCAAACAUGUUUGCAAAAGCUUCUAUCGGACAUCUUCCUGGGACGUCCGGCGUCAGAGAAGAGGCUAUACUAUCAACUUCUCUGCACGAAUGGUUCUGCUCCCGCCAUCUACGGAUUGCCAAAAAUCCACAAGAACGAGACGCCUCUUAGGCCCAUCGUCGACUUCACGAGGUCGCCCCUGAACCGCCUCUCAAGGUACCUUCAUAGGAUCCUAGCUCCCCUCGCAGGCAAGACGGAAACUCACCUCCGGAACACAAGCGACUUCAUAAGUAAGGUGAAAGGCAUCAGCGUGGAUGAAGACGAAGUAAUCGUGUCGUUCGACGUAUGCUCCCUGUUCACAAGCAUUCCGGUCGAUCUUGCCGUAGAAACCUCGAGACGCUUGCUCCACGGCAACCCGACUUUGCAAUAUCGCACAUCGUUGGACGUCACUGAGCUCUGCGCCUUAUUACGGUUUUGCUUGUCCAACACGUACUUCUCGUACAAUGGCGCAUUCUACAAGCAAGUUUUUGGUACCGCUAUGGGAGCAUCCAUUUCAGUCACGACGGCAAACUUAACCAUGGAAGCACUUGAAGCCAGGGCCUUGGAGUCAUUUCAGCCCAGACCAAAAGUCUUCUUGAGAUACGUUGAUGAUUGCUUCUGCGUCAUAGACAAGAAGGACAUGCAACGUUUCCUUGACUGCCUAAAUAGCGUCGAGUCGUCCAUCAAGUUUACGGUGGAAGAAGAAAAAGACGGUUGCCUGCCUUUCUUGGACACACUGGUAAAACGUACUCCCACCGGCCUCAGCUUCAGCGUGUACCGAAAGCCAACUCACUCUGGCAGAUACCUCGGCUUCGAGUCGGUUCAUCCGAUGGUCCACAAACGCUCAGUGGUCCGUUCUUUAGUUGAACGGGCCUCUCGCACCUGUUCCGAUACAAGCAGCCUGCAAGAGGAGCUUGAGAUCAUUGAAUCCGAACUAACGAGGAAUGGGUACCCCAGGCAUUUUAUUCGGAAGACGGCAAAAUCCCUGAUGAAGAAUAAGCCUACAGAAACACAAGCCACGGAUGCUGAAGCCCCAAGAAAAAAGCGCGCCGCUGUCCCGUACAUUCGAGGGGUGAGCGAAGCUCUAGCGCGUGUCUUUCGGAAACACGGCGUACAGAUCGCGCAUGUGCCUGCGAGCAAACUCAAAGGUGACCUGAUGAACGUGAAGGAUCCUCUCCCUCGGGAACGUUUCCCUGGCGUUGUUUACAAGAUUCCGUGCGCCGAUUGUGAAUCUGUGUAUAUCGGUGAAAGCGGAAAUUUCUGCAGGCGCCUCAAGCAGCACAAGAAUGACGUCGCCAAAGGCCACACAGUGACAAAUGCCCUCGCAGAGCACGCCGAGAAGACGGGCCACGCGAUAAACUGGGACAACGCGCGCAUCUUGGCCAUAGAGAAGAACAUGACAACAAGGCUCAAUCUUGAAUCGCUAAUAAUUCAAACGACAAGUCAUACUAUUAACAGAUCAUCUGGCACUUUAAAUCACGUGUACUCCCGGACUUUGCGUCAUGCGCUCAACACUACUUAA